CGGGACGAGGGGCGAGGACUAAAGGUCUUUAAUAACCAGAUCCCCGUUACUAUCAGCACAUCUCACACUAACCUUAGAAGAGAAGCACAGUCCUGAAAAGAACCUGCCAGACGUGCAGACAUGAAGCUGAAGCUCCCGAACCCGGGUCUGGACGAGCGGAUCCCGUCUCACGCCGAGCUGGAGAAGCUGGAGCUGGAGGAGGCUGGAGAUCGUCCACAGUGGGACAACAAAACCCAGUACAUGCUGACCUGUGUGGGCUUCUGUGUGGGGCUGGGGAACGUCUGGAGGUUCCCGUAUCUCUGCCAGAGCCACGGAGGAGGAGCGUUCAUGAUCCCGUUCCUGAUUCUCCUGGUUCUGGAGGGAGUCCCUCUUCUUCAUCUGGAGUUUGCCAUCGGUCAGAGACUGAGGAAGGGUAGCGUUGGCGUCUGGAGGUCCAUCAACCCACACCUGACCGGCAUCGGCAUCGCCUCCAUGCUGGCCUCCUUCAUCGUGGGCAUGUACUACAACACCAUCAUGGCUUGGGUCAUGUGGUACUUCUUCAACUCUUUGCAGGAUCCUUUACCCUGGAGUCAGUGUCCGGUGAAUGCCAACAGGACAGGUCUGGAGUCGGAGUGCGCUCGCAGUUCUCCGGUGGAUUAUUUCUGGUACAGAGAGACUCUGAACAGCUCUGCGGCGAUCGAGGACUCUGGAGGUCUGCAGUGGUGGCUGGUUCUGUGUCUGUUCUGUGCCUGGACCGUCCUGUACGUCUGCUGCAUCAGAGGCAUCGAGACCACCGGGAAGGCCGUGUACAUCACAUCCACGUUACCGUACCUGGUCCUCACCAUCUUCCUGAUACGAGCGCUGACGCUGAAAGGCUCUGUGAACGGAAUCAAGUUCCUCUUCACUCCAGACGUGAACGAGCUGAUGAACCCGACCACGUGGCUGGACGCUGGAGCUCAGGUGCUCUUCUCCUUCUCUUUGGCCUUCGGGGGACUCAUCUCCUUCUCCAGCUACAACUCAGUCCAUAAUAACUGCGAGCAGGAUGCCGUCACCAUAUCCAUCAUCAACGGUCUGACCUCCGUCUACUCCGCCACAGUCAUAUACUCCAUCAUCGGCUUCAGAGCCACGGAGAACUAUGACGCUUGUCUAGAGAGUAACAUCCUGACGCUGAUGAACGUGUUUGAUCUGCCGGAGGGAAACAUCACGGAGAGCAACUACGACAGCGUUCUUCAGCAUCUCAACAGCACAGCACCAGCCGUCUUUCAGGAGCUCCAGCUGAAGACCUGCGACAUGCAGACGCUCCUCAGCGAGGGAGUUGAGGGCACCGGUCUGGCCUUCAUCGUCUUCACCGAGGCCAUCACUAAGAUGCCCAUCUCUCCUCUGUGGUCGGUGCUGUUCUUCAUCAUGCUCUUCUGUCUGGGAUUGUCCACUAUGUUCGGGAACAUCGAGGGAGUCGUGGUGCCUCUGCAGGACCUGAACCUGCUCCCAAAAAAAUGGCCUAAAGAACUCUUUACUGGUCUGACGUGUGUUGUGUCCUUCGUGACGGCGCUCGUGUUCGUCCAGUCGUCUGGUAACUACUGGCUGGCUCUGUUCGAUGGCUUUGCCGGCUCUAUUCCUCUGCUGGUCAUCGCUCUCUGCGAGAUAAUCGCUGUGGUUUACGUCUAUGGGAUUGACAGGUUUAACAGUGACCUUGAGUUCAUGGUGGGACACAAGCCCAAUAUCUUCUGGCAGUUCACAUGGCGGUUCCUCAGUCCCAUCAUCCUCCUGGUCAUUCUGAUCUUCUACUUUGUCACUACAGUCAGCAAACAGCUGACCUACAACGUCUGGGACCCUGAAUCAGAUAACUUCCCCAGUCUUAAAGAGGUGAACUAUCCCAGCUGGAUCAGCGGGAUCAUCUUCAUCCUAGCCGGCAUUCCCAGUCUCAGUAUCCCAGGAGUCGCCAUCAUCCGAGCUCUGUGGAGAUGCUGCUCGAAGGACCAGGAGAAGAACGAAGAGCGCAGCAUUUCCGGAAAAGAAACAAGUGGGAAUACAAUAGCGUAGACCGUACGGAGCGAUGAGGCCACGACCAAAAGCUCACGCAUAUCAAUCGAAAUUACGUCAGGUAUUGAACUCUGACAUUUGUACUAUAUACACUCACAAUAUAUAUAUAUAUUUGUGUAAUAAACAAUGAUGGUUUUUCAAUGUCUCUAUCCACCUUAUUUUGAAACGUGAAGCAAAUUUUUGGCGCGAAUGAAACCGGAAGCCGUGCAUAUUCCACUUAGAAAUGAUUAAAACCAGGUGGAUAGAAAACAGAUAUAGAUUCUCUACGUUUUAUUAAAGAGUGUGUGUUAUUGUCAUCAUUUCCCACAGGACACGCUGUAUUUAUUUCCCAGCGCUUACAGAACAGUUUGUCCUUAAGGUUUUACAGCGCUUAUCUCUCAGUGUUGAAUUAAUAAUUAUCAGAAGCUGAUAUAUUGUGCUCUCCUUGUUCUAAUAGAGGCUUUUUGUGAACUUACAGUCAGGACACGCCGAUAAUCUACAGUUAGUUACUGUAAUAUCUUAUCUAACACACACACACACACACACAUGAAACAAUACAAUCAGUGCAUGCUAAUAAAGACGCUAAUUGAGUUCUGAAGAAAGAGUUUCCCAAACCUGGUCUGGAAUGCUCUUAUUCUUAUUUCU